AUGGAGGACAUGUCAAAACUACAAGACGAGCUUGAUGCUCUCAAUGCCAAAAUUACCAAGCAGGGAGCUGAAGUCCGACAAAUGAAAAAGGAUGGAGCUGCCGCCGAGAAAAUUGGAGAGGCCGUCAACGCUUUGCAAGCGUUGAAACUUGAGGCUGGGACACUAACAGAAAAGCUGAAGGGUGAUGAACCAGAUUUCAACCGCAAGGCUUUCGAUGAUUUGAUUAUCCGAAAAAUGUUUGUCGUUCCAUCUUUUGAAAUUCAUGGUGGAGUCAAGGGUCUAUUCGAUUUGGGACCUCCUGCUUGCGGUUUGAAGGCUGCUAUGAUUGACUUGUGGAGAAAGCACUUUGUUUUGACAGAAAACAUGUUGGAGAUGGAAUGUACCUGUUUGACUCCCGAAGUCGUUUUGAAAACAAGUGGCCACGUUGAUCGUUUCACAGAUCUGAUGGUCAAGGAUCCCGCUACUGGAGAAUGUUUCCGUGCCGAUAAGUUGCUGGAAGAUGCCAUUGACGACUUGAUAGAGAAGAACCCAACCAUGCCUACCGAGGAGAAAGAGGACCAUUUGCGAACUCAACGUCAAGCAGAUGCUUUCAGUCCUGGGGAAUUGGACACCUUGUUGACCAAAUAUGGAUGUAAGGGACCAUCUGGUGAAGCUUACAGUCCAUCGUUCCCAUUCAACCUGAUGUUCAAGACUUCUAUUGGUCCUGAAGGAACUUCCGUUGGAUUUUUGCGUCCCGAAACCGCGCAAGGUCUCUUUGUCAACUUCCGCCGAUUGUUGGAUGCCAAUGCUGGAAAGAUGCCUUUUGCUGCUGCUCAAAUCGGAAAUGGAUUCCGUAACGAAAUUGCUCCCCGUAGUGGUUUGCUUCGUGUCCGUGAAUUCUGCAUGGGUGAGAUUGAGCACUUUGUUGACCCUAAUGACAAGAGCCACGCCAAUUUCCCCACCGUUGCCGAUAAAGUUCUAGUUUUGUUUGGACGUGACGACCAACUUGGAUCCGGAAAGACAAAGAAGAUAUCCAUUGGAGAAGCCGUCAAGAGUGGGCUUGUCAACAAUGAAACCCUUGGUUACUUUAUGGCUCGAACGCAAUUGUACAUGGAAAAGAUUGGCAUGAACCCAGAGUGUCUUCGUUUCCGUCAGCAUUUGGCUACCGAAAUGGCUCACUAUGCUGCCGAUUGUUGGGAUUUGGAAAUCAAGUCCAGCUAUGGAUGGGUCGAGUGCGUUGGUCACGCCGAUCGUGCCUGUUACGAUCUGGAAGUCCACUCCAAGGCCACCAACACCCCCAUGGUCGCCACUGUUAAGUUUGACAAGCCACAAGAAAUGGAGGUUGCCAAGCUAAAGUUUGACCGUAAGGCCCUUGGUAUGGUCUUCAAGAAGGACGCCAGAACUGUCUCUGCUGCUUUGGAAGCUCUUGCUGAGUCCUGGAAGGACUUUGAACCCAUUGCCACUGCUUUGGAAGCUAGCGGAAAAACCACUGUUGAUGGAUUCGAAAUCACCAAGGAGAUGGUAUCGUGGGAAAAGACAAUGAAGAAGGUCCACGAAGCCAAGUUCACUCCGUCUGUCGUCGAGCCUUCCUUCGGUAUGGGACGCAUCUUGUACUCUCUCUUGGAGCACUCCUUCUACCAACGUGAUAUGGACGAGCAGCGUAACGUCAUGAAAUUCAACCCUCAAGUUGCUCCUCAAAAGUGUGCUGUCCUUCCCAUCAGUAGCAACCCCGAAUGUAAUGCUGCCGUCGAUGAGAUUGCUGCCGAGUUAAUGCAAAGCGACUUGGCCACACGAGUCGACAAGUCUACCGCCGCUCUUGGUCGCCGGUACGCUCGUUCCGAUGAAGUUGGUGUUCCAUUUGCCGUCACCGUUGACUUUGAGACAUUGACCGAUGGCACUGUCACCAUCCGAGAACGUGAUUCGAUGGUCCAAGUUCGUGUUCCCAAGAAAGAAGUCUGCAAUGUAGUCUUUGACAUUGUCCACCAACGGACCACUUGGGAACAAGUGACCAAGAAUUAUCCUGUCGUUCAAGUGGAUGAGGGCGAUGGUACGCCAGCGGAGAAGGGUGCCGAUGCGAGAGCCAAGACUGUCGUGGAGGCCAAUUCGCGUGGCCGAUUUUCACGACCUGCUCCCAAGAAGUAG